AUGAGAAGUGGCAGCGACUGCUUCCACCCAGAGCUACCCAAGAAGACAGACCCGGACCCGUCCUCACAGCUCAUGCUCGCACAUCACAAGCCGUCUCCCCCACUGGUCCAAGCAAUUUUCAGUGGUGAUCCAGAAGAGAUACGAAUGUUGAUCUAUAAAACAGAAGAUGUAAAUGCCCUGGAUGCUGAGAAGCGAACUCCGCUUCAUGUUGCAGCUUUUCUGGGAGAUGCAGAAAUCAUUGAACUCCUAAUUCUUUCAGGGGCUCGUGUAAAUGCCAAGGACAACAUGUGGCUGACUCCACUCCACCGAGCUGUUGCCUCCCGGAGCGAAGAAGCUGUACAAGUUUUGAUUAAGCACUCAGCUGAUGUCAAUGCUCGGGAUAAGAAUUGGCAGACUCCUCUCCAUGUGGCUGCGGCAAAUAAAGCUGUAAAGUGUGCCGAAGUCCUCAUCCCACUGCUAACCAGCGUCAACGUCUCAGACAGAGGGGGCCGGACAGCCUUACACCACGCAGCUCUGAAUGGCCAUGUAGAGAUGGUCAAUUUGCUCUUGGCUAAAGGAGCAAACAUCAAUGCAUUUGACAAGAAGGACAGACGAGCUCUUCACUGGGCAGCAUAUAUGGGUCACCUGGAAGUGGUAGCACUGCUUAUUAACCAUGGUGCAGAAGUCACAUGCAAGGAUAAGAAAGGUUACACCCCACUGCAUGCUGCAGCCUCCAAUGGACAAGUAAAUGUGGUUAAACACCUCCUCAAUCUAGGGGUGGAGAUUGAUGAAAUCAAUGUCUAUGGAAACACAGCACUUCAUAUCGCCUGUUAUAAUGGACAAGAUGCUGUAGUCAAUGAGCUGAUUGACUAUGGUGCUAAUGUGAACCAGCCCAAUACCAGUGGAUUCACCCCUCUGCAUUUUGCUGCUGCCUCUACUCACGGUGCUCUCUGUCUUGAACUGUUAGUAAAUAAUGGGGCAGAUGUGAAUGUUCAGAGUAAAGAUGGAAAGAGUCCACUGCACAUGACAGCUGUCCACGGAAGGUUCACACGAUCACAAACCCUCAUUCAGAAUGGAGGUGAAAUUGAUUGUGUGGAUAAGGAUGGCAACACUCCUCUCCAUGUGGCUGCAAGAUAUGGUCAUGAGCUUUUGAUUAACACCUUAAUAACCAGCGGAGCUGACACAGCCAAAUGCGGUAUCCACAGCAUGUUUCCCUUACAUUUAGCAGCACUGAAUGCCCACUCUGACUGCUGUAGGAAGUUGUUGUCUUCAGGACAAAAGUAUAGCAUAGUGUCCUUGUUUAGUAAUGAGCACGUGCUGUCUGCAGGCUUUGAAAUAGACACACCAGAUAAAUUUGGAAGAACCUGCCUUCAUGCUGCUGCCGCAGGAGGUAAUGUGGAAUGUAUAAAACUCUUGCAGAGCAGUGGAGCAGAUUUCAGUAAGAAGGAUAAAUGUGGGAGGACGCCUUUGCAUUAUGCAGCUGCAAAUUGUCAUUUCCACUGUAUUGAGACAUUAGUGAACACUGGGGCCAACAUUAAUGAGACGGAUGACUGGGGACGAACGCCUUUACACUAUGCUGCAGCUUCAGACAUGGAUAGAAAAAGAAGGAAUAUUUUGGGGAAUACCCAUGAAAAUGCAGAAGAACUUGAAAGAGCCAGCGAGCUUAAGGAAAAGGAAGCUGCCUCGUGUUUGGAAUUUCUACUUCAGAAUGAUGCAAAUCCAUCAAUUCGGGACAAAGAAGGUUACAACACUGUACAUUAUGCUGCAGCCUAUGGUCACCGGCAAUGUCUAGAGUUGCUUUUGGAGAGAACCAACAACAGUUUCGAAGAAUCAGACUCCAGUGCCACGAAGAGUCCACUGCACUUAGCUGCAUACAAUGGCCAUCAUCAAGCCUUGGAAGUACUUCUGCAAUCCCUUGUAGACCUGGAUAUCAGGGAUGAGAAAGGUCGAACAGCUCUGGACCUUGCUGCCUUUAAAGGACAUGCAGAAUGUGUUGAAGCGCUUAUCAAUCAAGGAGCAUCCAUCUUUGUGAAAGACAAUGUAACCAAAAGAACCCCACUUCAUGCCUCAGUCAUUAAUGGUCAUACACUGUGUUUACGGCUAUUACUAGAAAUCGCAGACAACCCAGAAAUAGUUGAUGUGACAGAUGCCAAAGGACAGACCCCGCUGAUGCUAGCUGUUGCCUAUGGACAUAUUGAUGCUGUUUCUUUGUUACUUGAAAAAGAAGCAAAUGUAGAUGCCGUUGACCUCAUGGGAUGCACAGCUUUACACAGAGGGAUCAUGACUGGGCAUGAGGAAUGUGUACAAAUGCUCUUGGAACAGGAAGUCUCCAUUCUGUGUAGAGAUUUCCGAGGAAGGACACCCCUUCACUUUGCAGCAGCCCGCGGUCAUGCCACAUGGCUAAGUGAGUUAUUGCAGAUGGCACUUUCAGAGGAAGACUGCUGUUUUAAAGAUAACCAAGGUUAUACUCCAUUGCACUGGGCUUGUUAUAAUGGUAAUGAAAACUGUAUAGAGGUACUUUUGGAACAAAAAUGUUUUCGCAAAUUUAAUGGUAAUCCCUUCACUCCAUUGCACUAUCUUCUGGUGAACAGUGCCAAGGCUGAUCUAACUGUAAAGGAUAAGGAUUUGAAUACGCCCUUACAUUUGGCUUGUAGUAAAGGUCAUGAAAAAUGUGCCUUGUUAAUACUUGACAAGAUACAAGAACAGAGCCUUAUUAAUGCAACAAAUAAUACAUUGCAGACACCUCUCCAUAUUGCUGCACGGAAUGGUUUGAAGAUGGUGGUUGAAGAGCUGCUAGCGAAGGGAGCCUGUGUCCUUGCUUUAGAUGAAAAUGGUAUUGGAAUUAGCAGCGCAUGCAUAUUUCUCAGAAGUCAUACCCCAGCCCUGGCUUGCGCUCCUAACAAGGACGUGGCUGACUGCCUGGCACUCAUUUUGGCUACCAUGAUGCCUUUUUCUCCUUCCAGUACAAUGACGGCUUUCAACUUCGUUUGUUUUAAAAAAGACCAUUUGAGCAGGACACAGAUCUGCGAUGGCACCAAUCUGAGUGGCACCGUUAGCUCUUGCUCUCACAAUAUAGGAUCAGAGGACGGGUACAAUGAAAAUGAUUCUGAUUCGGAAACAUUUUGA